CUCGAAAAAUAAUAAAAAAUAAUAAUUGUUAGAACUUUUGAAGAUUCAAAAGCAAAACGCGUUAUUAUUAUUGGACACACUAGGGUGUGACUUGACUUGUGAGUGCAAGAGAAGGAGGCGGAGGAAGAAACUCGCCGGACACGGAGAUCCCUAAACCGCAGCCUCAGACCAAAGCUUCGUAUAAUUUAUCUUCCAUCGUUGACUUCACCCUCAGAUCAUCAUCAUUUAUCUCUGGUCUUUGUUCGGAUUCUCCAUAAUUGAUCCGGACCAUGCCAUCAAGAUGUUGUUCCCUCCGCCAUCUAUUCUUCUUACUACUGAUACUCUCUCCAUGGACGCCUUCUUGCGGCGGCGCUUCCGGCGACGUGUUGUAUCCCAUCGCCUUAACUCGUGCCGGCAGCAGAUCUUUACAAUCCUUUAGUGAACCUACAAAGCGAACAGAGCCAAAUACAAACCUUGUUGUUGAUCGCGAUGGGAAAGUGUCUUUAAAGCAGCAAGCACCAGAUAAAACAAUAUGGUCCUUUUCAACAGGAUCCCCAUGGCAUUCGUUAUAUCAGGCUCCUCUAAGUGCUAAUACACAAAACACUCCUCUCAUAAUAGUAGAUUAUAAGAACAGCUCAACGGAUGCUACAACUGUCCAUGGCUAUCAUAACUGGACAGUUCGGGACUUUUUUAGACAGAAGCCACUUGUAACGGAUGAUGGUGUGACUCUUAGGUCAGAAACAACUACUGCCUAUUUGAUUGAUGGUGAAUCAGGGAGGCUAAUCCAUGUUUACAAAUCAACCCAUUCUUCUGAAGAUACUAAAAUGAUUAAUGCUCUGGUGAAGCCAACUAGCAAUGUAGAUCUUGUGAAGCUACCUCUUCUUAUCAGGCGAACAGAUUCCAAACUAGAGCAUUUUGGUAAUACCACUGGAAAGCUUGUCUGGAAUCUUACGGUUUCUCACUUCAGAGCUGCUUUUCUAUGUGAUCCAGUUUACAAUUCAGGCUAUGAGCUCGGUCCUAGAGUCCAAACUGGAAUCUUUAUGCCAUUGCCAUGUGGAUCACAAAUUGACGUUCCUGGCCCUGAACUUGUUAUUAGAGUGCAUCAUGAUCACUCAAUGAAAGUGAAAAUGCUACCCUCCCCCUCCCAAAAUCACUUCGAAAGUGAAAACAACAUAAUGCCUUCUGGAAUAGCCCUAGAAUCAAGGAAGUUACAAGAGCAACAUGGGCAAAAAUAUACCUAUGUGUUUGGAAAAGUUUUUGAAUGGUCGCCCGUGAAGUUCUUGGUUCCUUUAGUGCUUCUGGGUGUUGUUGUCUCUAUUUUCAUUAAAAGGUUUUCGUCGAGGGGGAGUGAAUUUAGUUCGAAAUCUGGACCUUCCAAAAAGAAAAAGAAUCGUAAAUCAGGGAAGGAUACAAAUGGGCAGAAAGAUAGGCAGUCAGUUCCUCGUGGCCAGGAUCAGUUCGAGCUCAUUGAAGGUGGUCAAAUGUUACUAGGCUUCAAUAGCUUUCCAAGUGGUGCAACUGAUGGGCGAAAGAUUGGUAAGUUGUUUGUGUCAAGUAAAGAAAUUGCAAAGGGAAGUAACGGAACAGUGGUGUUUGAUGGUAUUUACGAAGGUCGGCCUGUAGCUGUAAAACGCCUUGUUCGAUCUCAUCAUGAGGUUGCUUUCAAAGAGAUUCAAAACCUCAUUGCAUCAGACCAGCACUCAAACAUCAUUCGGUGGUAUGGUGUGGAGUAUGAUCAAGAUUUUGUAUACCUUUCUCUAGAGCGUUGCACUUGCAGUUUGGAUGAUCUAAUCAAAUCCUAUUUAGAGUUUUCUAUGACACAAAUAUUGAGAAACAACGAAUCUGCUGAAGCGGUACCUACAUAUAAGAUCCAACUGGAUUCAUUGGAGGGAGCUAUCAAAGGAAACAGUUUUUGGAAAUUUGGAGGCCACCCGUCACCUCUCAUGCUUAAACUAAUGAGGGAUAUAGUGAGUGGGGUUGUCCACUUACACGAAUUGGGGAUAGUUCAUCGAGAUCUGAAGCCACAAAAUGUGUUAAUUAGUAAAGAGAUGACUGCAAAGCUUUCUGAUAUGGGCAUUAGCAAACGUAUGUCUAGAGAUAUGUCAUCGUUGGGUCAACUAGCCACCGGUUCUGGUAGUUCGGGUUGGCAAGCACCAGAGCAGCUAGUACAAGGUCGUCAAACUCGUGCAGUGGACAUGUUCAGUUUAGGUUGUGUCAUCUUUUACACUAUAACUGGUUGUAAGCAUCCAUUUGGAGAUGAUCUUGAACGUGAUGUCAAUAUUGUGAAGAACAAAGUUGACCUAUUUCUAGUAGAACACGUUCCAGAAGCUUCAGACCUCAUAUCCCGUUUGUUGAACCCAAACCCUGAUUUACGUCCCAGUGCAUCCGAAGUGCUGGUCCAUCCUAUGUUUUGGGACUCAGAGACGAGACUGUCGUUUCUUCGGGAUGCUAGUGACCGAGUUGAGCUUGAAAAUAGAGAAGUUGAUUCUGAAAUCUUGAGAGCAAUGGAGAGUACAGCUCCAGUGGCUAUAGGAGGCAAAUGGGACGAAAAACUAGAACCUGUUUUCAUCACAAACAUCGGUCGCUACAGACGUUACAAAUAUGAUAGCAUUCGUGACUUGUUACGAGUUAUUAGGAACAAACUGAACCAUUAUCGAGAACUUCCUCCAGAAAUCCAGGAACUCGUCGGAACAGUUCCAGAAGGAUUCGAUGAGUACUUUGCCAUACGGUUCCCGAAAUUGUUGAUUGAAGUGUACAGAGUCAUCUCUCUGCACUGCAAGGAAGAAGAAGUAUUCAGAAAGUACUUCAAAAGCAACAUCAUCUAAACAAAGACCGUUUCGCUUCCAGCACUUAAUUAUUGUAUGUUUGUUCUUGUACGCAGUAGUACAUAAGUUAACUUCUAUCUAAAUGUUUUAGCGUAUAGCUCAAACUGCAACAUGUAGUACUUAUGUAUAUAAGAAGUAUUUUUCAAGUGACGUAUUCAGCAACGAAAUAAGAUUCAAACAUUUGUUCA